CUCCAAACUCUUAGCACAAAAAGCAGAAGAAAACAAAGUGAGAAGUGAAAACAUGGCCAUGAUCCUUCACAACUUCCUACUUGCACCAAUCCUCUUUGUUGUCUUCAUCAUCUUCACUAAUAAUCAAGAUAUCUCACAAGCAGCAGCACAAACCCCGCCCCGACCCGACCCCAAGAACGCCCCGUUAUUCGCCCGGUGGCUGGUGAGCCAGGGCUCCUGGGGCGUACUCAACACACUUGAUUACUCCGACCUCACGCCCUUUGGCAAUGUGAUGUCGUACAGCGAUGCCGGCACCGGCACUCCCUACUUUUAUCUGACGACAACGCGGGAUCCCACAGGGCUUAAUGCCCUUAAAUACCCGAGAUCGUCGUUCACGCUGAGUGAAUACGAGCUCGGCACAUGCAACGCCACCACCGACCCUCAGUCACCCCUUUGCGCUAAAAUCACUCUCUCCGGGAGGUUGAGGUUACUCAAUCAAAAUUCUGCUGAAGCUGCCUCUGCUGAAGCUGCCUUAUUCAGAGAUCACCCUCAAUUGGCAGGUUGGCCUAAGCAGAAUGGGUUUGUUGUGUUCAAAUUGGACAUUAAAAGGAUAUUUUUAGUUAAUGAAUUUGUUCCUGCAAAAUAUCCCAAAGUGUUUGACUACUUCAACUCCAAAAUCUAAGUGUAGGAGCUUCCAAUAUAAGUUGUAUUUGAAUAAAUGUGUGAAAAAUGGUUCCAAUUACUAUAAUUAUAUUAAUUAUGAAUUAAUGGUUGGUGUGGAAGUCAUAAAUGUAUUAUUUUGAA